GGCCGGCCGCGGGCUCCGUGUCCGGGCCCCGCGUGAGCGCGCGCGCCCAGCCCGAGCCGCCAGGGCAGCGACCGGAGCGGAGAGGAGCGGGAGCGCUCUGCCCCGCCCGGGAGUCCCCGCCGGGCCUCCGAGCCGGAGUUUCAUUUUAGCUGGUGGUUUGUAUCAUUAUAGAGAACACUGAACUUUGAAAAAGAUGUUGGAAACCAUAGAUAAAAACCGUGCCCUGCAGGCAGCAGAGCGCUUGCAAAGCAAGCUGAAGGAACGUGGGGAUGUAGCGAAUGAAGACAAACUGAGCCUCCUCAAGUCUGUCCUGCAGAGUCCACUCUUCAGUCAGAUUCUGAACCUUCAGACUUCCCUGCAACAGCUGAAAGACCAGGUAAACAUUGCUACUUUGGCAACUACAAAUGCUGACCACGCCCACACACCUCAGCUCAGCUCUGCUAAUCUGCAAAGUGAAUCACUUUUGCUGUCUCCAAAUAAUGGGAACUUGGAAGCAAUUUCUGGACCACCUGUCAUGGAUGGGAAGCCUGCUUGUGAUGAACUUGAUCAGCUCAUCAAAAACAUGGCCCAGGGUCGCCAUGUGGAAGUAUUUGAGCUGCUCAAGCCUCCAUGUGGAGGCCUUGGGUUUAGUGUUGUUGGCCUCAGAAGUGAAAACAGGGGAGAGCUGGGGAUAUUUGUACAGGAGAUUCAAGAGGGCAGUGUGGCCCACAGAGAUGGCAGACUUAAGGAGACUGACCAGAUCCUCGCCAUCAAUGGCCAGGCCCUGGAUCAGACAAUCACACACCAGCAGGCCAUCAGUAUCCUGCAGAAGGCCAAAGACACUGUGCAGCUGGUUAUCGCCAGAGGCUCCUUGCCUCAGAUCUCCAGCCCCCAAAUUUCCCGCUCUCCCUCUGCAGCCAGUACAAUUUCAGCCCAUUCAAAUCCCAUUCACUGGCAGCACGUGGAAACUAUAGAACUGGUAAAUGAUGGAUCCGGUCUGGGAUUUGGCAUCAUAGGAGGAAAAGCAACUGGUGUGAUUGUCAAGACCAUUCUGCCCGGAGGAGUAGCAGACCAGCAUGGGCGAUUGUGCAGUGGAGACCACAUUCUAAAGAUUGGAGACACCGACCUGGCAGGCCUGAGCAGCGAACAAGCAGCACAAGUCCUCAGGCAGUGUGGGAAUAAAGUUAAGCUGCUGCUUGCCAGAGGCGCUAGAGAAGAGUCUGCAGCGCCCUCCUCCUUGGCCAUCGCCCUCUCCCCUUCCCCGUCUCCUGCACCAGAGAUGCGAGUUGAUGCAUCUACUCAGAAAAGUGAAGAAAGUGAGACGUUUGAUGUGGAACUCACUAAAAACGUUCAAGGAUUAGGAAUUACCAUUGCUGGUUAUAUUGGAGAAAAAAAAUUAGAACCUUCAGGAAUCUUUGUGAAAAGCAUUACAAAAAGCAGUGCCGUGGAACAUGAUGGAAGAAUCCAAAUUGGAGACCAAAUUAUAGCAGUCGAUGGUACUAACCUUCAGGGUUUCACCAAUCAACAAGCAGUAGAGGUGUUACGUCAUACAGGACAGACAGUGCGCCUGACAUUGAUGAGGAAGGGAACAAGACAGGAAGCGGAGAUCACAUCCAGAGAAGACACCUCAAAAGAUGUGGACCUCCCACCUGAAAAUCAUGAAAAAGAUGAAGAAUCUUUAUCAUUGAGAAGAAAUGCCAGCAUACUGCCAAUUGAAGAAGAAGGGUACCCUUUGUUGUCAGCUGAGCUGGAAGAAGCUGAAGAUGUGCAGCAAGAGGCUGCUCUGCUAACAAAGUGGCAGCGGAUUAUGGGAAUUAAUUAUGAAAUAGUGGUGGCUCAUGUGAACAAGUUUAGUGAGAACAGUGGGCUGGGGAUCAGUCUGGAGGCGACCGUGGGCCACCACUUCAUCCGCUCUGUUCUACCGGAAGGCCCCGUGGGACACAGUGGGAAGCUCUUCAGUGGAGAUGAACUACUGGAAGUGAAUGGUAUAAAUUUGCUUGGGGAAAAUCAUCAAGAUGUGGUCAAUAUUUUAAAAGAAUUGCCUAUAGAUGUGACAAUGGUGUGCUGCCGUCGAACUGGGCCACCCAGCACCUCAUCAGAAUUGGAUAGCCUGGAUAUAGCUGAUCUUGAACUAACAGAAAAGCCUCAUAUCGAUCUAGGAGAGUUCAUCGGGUCCUCCGAGACAGAGGAUACCAUGCUGGCCGUGCCUGAUGUGGAUCAGAAUGUGGAGGAGGUCCAAACACCGCUGGCCAUGUGGGAGGCUGGCAUUCAGUGCAUAGAGCUGGAGAAAGGAAACAGAGGCCUUGGCUUCAGCAUUUUAGACUAUCAGGACCCCAUCGACCCAGCAAGCACCGUGAUAGUCAUUCGUUCUCUGGUACCUGGUGGCAUUGCUGAAAAGGAUGGCCGACUUCUUCCUGGAGACAGACUCAUGUUUGUCAAUGACAUUAACCUGGAAAACAGCAGCCUUGAAGAGGCAGUGGAAGCCCUGAAGGGAGCGCCCUCAGGGAUGGUGCGGAUAGGAGUGGCCAAGCCUUUGCCUAUUUCACCAGAAGAAGGAUAUGUUUCUGCUAAGGAGGAUACCUUUUUCUGCCCACCACCCUCCUGCAAGGAGCCAGGCCUGCCUGACAAAGCCCUCUUCAGGGCCGACUUGGCUCUGAUAGAUGCAGCUGAUGCCGAGUCAGGAGCUGAAUCAAGAUUUGAGUCUCCAUCGUCUCCCGAUAACGACAGUGUCUACUCUACUCAAGCUUCUGCCUUAUCUCUUCAUGAUAGCAGUUGUAGUGAUGCCAUCAACUACGGCCCCUCCCUCCCAUCAUCUCCUCCCAAGAAUGUGGCUGACAGUCCUGACGUAGUACUUGGUCUGCAUUUGUCCCUGGAAGAACUGUACACGCAGAACCUCCUGCAAAGACCGCAUGCUGGCUCUCCUUCCUCAGGCAUGGGCACGGCAGCUACCCCUGACUUUGCCGUCAGCGACUACACAUCUGCAGAUGCUGCUGAACAGAACUAUGAAUGCGCAAACGCAGUAGCGUGGACUCGCUCACAGUUGCCAAAUGGCCUGCGCACCACAGAGCUUGCUCCUGCGCUGCCUGCUGUAGCUCAACAGUAUUUAACUGAACAGAGUUCUCUGGCGUCUGAUGCUGAGUCUGUGACCCUGCAGAGUAUGUCCCAGGAAGGUUUUGAGAGGACAGUUACUAUUGCAAAAGGCAGCUCCAGUCUAGGAAUGACAGUAAGUGCUAAUAAAGAUGGCCUGGGAGUGAUUGUGCGAAGCAUUAUUCAUGGAGGUGCCAUUAGUAGAGAUGGCCGGAUUGCAGUUGGUGACUGCAUUUUAUCCAUUAACGAAGAAUCAACCAUCAGUUUAACCAAUGCUCAGGCACGGGCCAUGCUGAGAAGACAUGCUCUGAUUGGACCUGACAUAAAAAUCACUUAUGUGCCUGCAGAACAUUUGGAAGAGUUCAGAGUAAGCUUUGGUCAACAAUCUGAAGGUAUAAUGGCACUGGACAUUUUUUCUUCAUAUACUGGCAGAGACAUGCCAGAACUACCAGAGCGAGAAGAAGGAGAAGGGGAAGAAAGUGAACUGCAGAAUGCAGCCUACAGCAGCUGGAGUCAGCCUCGGCGGGUGGAACUUUGGAGAGAACCAAGCAAGUCCUUGGGCAUCAGCAUUGUUGGUGGUCGAGGGAUGGGGAGCCGGCUGAGCAAUGGUGAAGUGAUGAGGGGUAUUUUCAUCAAACAUGUUCUUGAAGAUAGUCCAGCGGGCAAAAAUGGAACCUUGAAGCCAGGAGACAGAAUAAUUGAGGUGGAUGGAAUGGACCUCAGAGAUGCAAGCCAUGAACAAGCUGUGGAAGCCAUUCGGAAAGCAGGCAACCCUGUAGUGUUUAUGGUACAGAGCAUUAUAAACAGACCGAGGAAAUCCCCCUUGCCUUCCUUGCCGCACAGCCUUUACCCUAAGUACAGCUUCAGCAGCACUAACCCAUUUGCAGACUCUCUCCAGCUCACCACUGACAAGGCUCCCAGCCAGUCAGAAUCUGAGUCAGAGAAGGCUGCAUUGUGUGAUGUUCCUCCCCCCUCUCCUUCAGAGAUGGGUAGUGAUUGUGUGCAGCCAUCUGCAGUCCUAGAAGAUGAUGACAAAGAGGAUGAGUUUGGUUACAGCUGGAAAAAUAUCCAAGAACGUUAUGGAACUCUGACAGGCCAGCUCCACAUGAUUGAGCUGGAGAAAGGUCAUGGCGGUUUGGGCCUGAGUCUUGCUGGGAACAAAGAUCGAAGCAGAAUGAGUGUGUUUAUAGUGGGGAUUGAUCCCAAUGGAGCAGCAGGGAGAGAUGGCCGACUACAGAUUGCCGAUGAGCUUUUAGAGAUCAAUGGCCAAAUAUUGUAUGGCAGAAGUCAUCAGAAUGCUUCAUCAAUCAUUAAAUGUGCUCCAUCUAAAGUAAAAAUUAUUUUUAUCAGAAAUGAAGAUGCAGUGAACCAGAUGGCUGUCUGUCCUGGAAAUGCAGCAGACCCUUUGCCUUCAGCCUCAGAGAGUCCUCAAAAUAAGGAGGUAGAACCAAGUAUUACAACUUCUGCUUCAGCUGUGGAUCUCGGCUCACUUACAAAUGUGUACCACCUGGAGCUUCCCAAGGAUCAAGGAGGUUUGGGCAUUGCCAUCAGUGAGGAAGAAACACUCAACGGAGUCAUCAUCAAGAGUCUAACUGAGCACGGGGGAGCAGCCAAGGAUGGAAGGCUCAAGGCUGGAGAUCAAAUCUUGGCUGUUGAUGAUGAAGUUGUUGCUGGGUGUCCUAUUGAAAAGUUUAUCAGCCUUAUGAAGACAGCAAAGACAACUGUAAAGCUGACUGUUAGAACUGUGAAUCCAGGUUGCCAAGCUGUUCCUUUAGCAGUUGCUGCAGCCAAUGGAGAAAGGAAAGACAGCUCCCAGACUCCUGCAGUCCCAGCUCUGGACCUGGAACCCAUCCCAAGUACAAGCAGGUCAUCAACACCAGCAGUUUUUGCUUCUGACCCUGCCACCUGCCCCAUCAUCCCCGGCUGCGAAACAACAAUUGAGAUUUCCAAAGGACAGACAGGACUGGGACUGAGUAUUGUUGGGGGUUCAGACACACUGCUGGGUGCUAUUAUUAUCCAUGAAGUUUAUGAAGAGGGAGCAGCAUGUAAAGAUGGAAGACUGUGGGCUGGAGACCAGAUUUUAGAGGUGAAUGGGAUUGACCUGAGAAAGGCUACACAUGAUGAAGCCAUCAAUGUCCUGAGACAGACUCCACAAAGAGUACGGCUGACACUCUACAGGGAUGAGGCCCCAUACAAAGAGGAGGAUGUGUGUGAUACUUUCACCAUUGAGCUGCAGAAGAGGCCUGGCAAAGGCCUUGGGUUGAGUAUUGUUGGCAAAAGAAAUGACACUGGAGUAUUUGUGUCAGAUAUUGUCAAAGGAGGCAUUGCUGAUGCCGACGGGAGACUGAUGCAGGGGGACCAGAUUUUAAUGGUGAAUGGAGAAGAUGUCCGCAAUGCCACCCAGGAAGCCGUCGCCGCCCUCCUAAAGUGUUCCCUAGGCACGGUAACUCUGGAAGUUGGAAGAAUCAAAGCUGGUCCGUUCCACUCAGAGCGGAGACCUUCUCAAAGCAGCCAGGUGAGUGACAGUAGCCUGUCAUCCUUCACUCUCCCACUUUCUGGAAUAAAUCCAUCAGAAUCAUUGGAAAGUAAUGCAAAGAAGAACGCAUUAGCAUCUGAAAUUCAGGGAUUAAGAACAGUCGAAAUAAAAAAGGGGCCUGCUGACUCACUGGGAAUCAGCAUUGCUGGAGGAGUGGGCAGCCCACUUGGUGAUGUUCCUAUAUUUAUUGCAAUGAUGCACCCAAAUGGUGUUGCAGCUCAAACACAGAAACUCAGAGUCGGGGAUAGGAUUGUCAGCAUUUGUGGCACAUCCACUGAGGGGAUGACUCAUACGCAAGCCGUUAACUUGAUGAAAAAUGCCUCUGGCUCCAUUGAGAUGCAGGUAGUUGCUGGAGGAGACGUGAGUGUGGUCACAGGGCAUCAGCCAGAGCGUGCCAGUCCUUGUCUUGCUUUUACUGGGCUGGCAUCAAGCAGUAUAUUUCCGGAUGAUUUAGGACCUCCGCAGUGUAAGACCAUCACACUAGACCGAGGACCAGAUGGCUUAGGCUUUAGCAUUGUCGGAGGCUAUGGCAGCCCUCAUGGAGACUUACCAAUUUAUGUUAAAACAGUGUUUGCAAAGGGAGCAGCCGCUGAAGACGGCCGUCUAAAAAGGGGCGAUCAGAUCAUUGCUGUCAACGGGCAGACUCUAGAAGGGGUAACCCAUGAAGAGGCAGUUGCCAUCCUUAAGCGGACAAAAGGCACUGUCACCCUCAUGGUUCUCUCUUGAACUGGCUGUCAGAGCUGAACCAGCUCACCUCCGACUGUAACAGAGUGAAACUGCCAUAUGGACUUCCUAUGCUGUGCUCUUUGGGGGAAGACGAACAUUUAGUGAUUUGUUACUGACAACCAAACAUUUUUUUUCUUUCCCCUUGUAUUUCAUGGGUCCUAAACUCAGAGAAGGAAUUUUUGUAUAAGUCAACCUCAAUUUAUAUUUUGAAGCUAUCUAACAAUUUAUUGUCACAUGGACAAAAUUUUCAUAUGUUCAUCUUGUUAGUAUGGAAACAAGAUAAUUCAAAGCUAACCAAAAGAAAUAGCUUCAGAAAAUUAGGAUUAAAAAGUGAAAAUUUAUGAAGAAGAAGUGGAAAAGGAAGAAGAAGAAGAGGAGGAAAUAGUAGUAGUCGUCUUGAGUUUUAUAGAAGUGCCCCAAUCCUGCAGUCCAAAAAAAAAAAAAAAAUUCACAAUAAUUUUUAAUAGUCUAAUGUUUUAAAAUUGUGAACAUUGCAGCAUAUUGGGUGUGUUUCCCUGUAAUGUGUAUUUUUUCUGCUAAAAUUUUUAGCAGUCUUCUUAAGCUUUAAAAAGAAACUGCGUUUAAUGCAUAUCUUGGUGUUCAUUUUCAGGUUUUGACCUGCUAUGUUUCAUGUUGUUUCAUGUUUCUUCAUGUUUCAUGAAGUAAAAUAAUGAUACUAUCCUGUGUUGGCUGCAGUUAUUUUAGAAAACAGCUAUCUAACUGUGUAAGACAUAGGAGGAGCCCAGAACCUUCUAAUGCUGAUUUAACAGACUGAUACAACAUUGAAAAUAUGUUAGUGUACUGUGCUAUUGUUUUUCCAUUAGUAUUAAUCUUAAUGGCAUAGAAAGACGCAAUUGGUUAGUAAUUGUUUUGGUUGUAUGCCAUUAAUAAAUUGACAGAAAAAUUAAGGGGGUUAAUGCAACUUCAUUUCAUUGCCUUAGAUUAACAUCUCAUAAUACAAUAGUUUAAGACUAAGGGAAACAGAUGGAGCUGUUUACUGAGACAACUGGUGAGGAAUCAUCAUGUGUUCAAUCCCUUUUUAGAGCGUGAAACUCCUACAUUAGAAUAUAUAAAGUCACUUUAAAUAUUAUCUGUAUUUGUACCAGAAGUAGUGUACAUAUCUUUUAUUAUAGCAUUCUUGUGCAAAUGCAGAACUAAAGUGAAUAAAUAAGUUUCUGUGGUGUACAACAAACAA